CUUUUGUAAAUCAUGCCUGUUCUUGGAAAACGACUGCAUUGUUUAAGGCACUCCCUGUAUGUAAUAAAAACAGCUGUGUUUUGCAAGCAUUUCCAAGCACUCAAUGUGAUUUUACAUAUAAGUAAACAAAAUUAUCUCAGUUAAAUUAUUUGUACAGCGUAGUCUUAAUUUUUUAAAUGGAUUUAAGUAAAAUAGAAAUAAGUGAUAAAUUAGUGCCAGAAAACUAUUUGAAAUUGGCACAAUCCGCUCAAAAGUCAAAAGAAGUUGCCGUUUCAGAGCUAUUAGAAAAACGGAAACUACCUGAAGAGGGAUGGAGUGAUGAGCGUAUUGAGGCUUUAGUUGCACAAUUGGCCGCAUUAGACAGCAAUAAUUUUGUUUCAAAAGUUGGACUGGGCGAACGUGAAGCUAAAAUCGUAUGCAAACUUGUUGCACAGCGGCAUUACAAUUUUGGACAUGGCAUUGGGCGCUCCGGUGAUUUGUUGGAACCGCAACCAAAAGCUGCUGGCUCUACAAUAUUAUCCAACCUAACAAAUGCACUACUACUGGAGCUUAUUAAAGAAAUGGGUGUGCGUAGUUGUAAAAGUUGCUUUCUGGUACCAAUGGCGACGGGUAUGUCAUUGAUGUUGUGCUUGCUAACACUUAGGAAACAAAGGCCACAAGCUAAAUAUGUGAUAUGGUCACGCAUUGAUCAGAAAUCAUGCUUUAAAAGUAUAACGACGGCAAACCUCAUACCGAUUAUAAUAGACACAAAUUAUUCUAGCGAAAAAGGUUUGACAACCGAUUUGGUAGCUUUUGAAAAUAAGCUCAAGGAGUUGAAUGUGGAUGAUAUUGUUUGUGUAUAUACAACCACAAGCUGCUUUGCUCCACGCAAUGCUGACAAUAUAAUUGAAGUAGCCAAAUUAUCCGCACGUUACAAAGUGCCACAUUUGGUUAACAAUGCUUACGGCUUGCAGAGCACAUAUAUAACGCAUCAACUGGAGCAAGCAAAUCGUUUGGGUCGUGUAGAUCUUUUUGUGCAAAGUACGGAUAAAAACCUAAUGGUGCCAGUAGGUGGUGCUGUUGUGGCAGGUUUUCAAAAUGAAACCGUACGAGCAGUUGCUAAAACAUAUGCAGGACGUGCUUCAUCCUCACAGAGCUUAGAUGUAUUGAUGACGUUAUUGUCACUUGGCCGUAAUGGUUAUAUUGACUAUGUGCAGCAACGUAAAAACAAUUUCAUAUAUUUACGAAACAACUUGAUUAAAUUUGCAAACAGUCACAAUGAAAAAGUUUUUGAAAGUAAAGGGAAUCCAAUUUCCUUAGCAUUAUCACUCGAAACAUUUAAAAAUACAAAUAUAACUCAAAUUGGUUCCAUGCUUUUUACGCGUGGUGUUUCUGGUGUACGUGUUGUUACUUGCAUAGACAUAAAGGAUAUAGACGGUUACAAAUUUAUAAAUUGGGGAACACAUUCUUCAGUAACAAACAUACCUUAUCUGACUGUCGCAGCUACACUUGGUUUAACAACGAAUGAAAUUGACUUAUUUUUCAAGAAACUUGAGGAUUGUUGGUCAGUAUAUAAUAAUAAGUUCGUGUAGUUAGAAAUAAUUAGUUUAAAGAAUUAGACUCAAUUCCAUUUGCGUUCUUUAAUAAUCAAAAAUUACUCUUUAAUAUAAAGUUCAUAUAUUUAUUCGUUAUUUUGCGAGAUACAUGAGACAACACAAACUAACCCGUGAUAAUACAAACCAUAUACUUAUAUUAAACUAAACUUCAUAAAAUUCUGAGUGAAGUUAUUAUAAACUAAUUUAAGAGAGAGUUAUUUUU